GCGCGCGCACCCGUGAGAAAGCUGCAGACGGAACCUCACGCGCUGACCGAAAAUUCAUUACCUUGUGUAAGUUCGUGACGUGAUCAUUUGCAUAACGCUUAUGCUCGUGAGGCGGGCUCGUGAGACGGGGAACACGGCCGACACAGCCCUCCCAACUGUAGCUCCGAAGGGUCGCUAUGCAGACGGCAAAAGUUUCAGAUACUCCUGUGGAGUUCGUUGUUGAGUACCUGCUGAAGGCUAAAGAGAUCGCAGAGACCAAUGCAAAUGUUCCCGCUGAGCUGCGCGAUAACCUUCAGAAGGCCCUGGACAUUGCUUGUGGAUUGGAUGGUUACCUCGAACAAAUGAGCAGUCAGGAAAGUGAACCGUUGGCUGAGUUGUAUAGGAAAUCAGUCUCUCAUGACUGGAAUAAGGUACAUGAGGAUGGGAAAACUUUAUUCAGACUUCCUGUUACGUGCAUCACUGGACAGGUAGAAGGUCAGGUGUUGAAGAUGCUGGUCCACAUGAGCAAAGCCAAGAGGGUUUUAGAGAUAGGAAUGUUCACAGGAUAUGGAGCCUUGUCGAUGGCGGAGGCCUUACCAGAGAAUGGCCAACUUAUUGCCUGCGAGCUCGAGCCUUACUUGAAAGACUUUGCACAGCCUAUAUUUGACACGUCGCCCCAUGGUAAAAAGAUAACCGUGAAGACUGGGCCUGCUAUGGAUACCCUAAAGGAAUUAGCUGCCACGGGAGAGCAGUUUGACAUGGUUUUUAUCGAUGCAGACAAACAUAACUACAUCAACUAUUACAAGUUCCUCCUGGACCAUAACCUUCUGCGAAUAGAUGGUGUUAUAUGCGUAGACAACACGCUGUUUAAAGGGAGAGUUUACCUGAAGGACUCAGUAGAUGAUUUUGGAAAAGCCUUGCGAGACUUCAAUCAGUUUGUCACAAAUGAUCCUCGAGUAGAGCAGGUCAUUAUUCCUUUGAGAGAUGGCCUCAGUAUAAUACGAAGAGUGCUCUACACACCUCAGGCAAACACACAGCUGAAGAGCACUGUGACCUAUGAUGAGGUUUUCCGAGGAGUCCAAGGGAAGCAAGUGCUGGAUAGGUUACGUUUGGAUGGAAAAGUGGCCUACGUAACCGGGGCCGGUCAGGGCAUCGGCAGGGCCUUCGCUCAUGCUCUCGGAGAGGCUGGAGCAAAAGUCGCCAUCGUAGACAUGGAAAAAGGAAAGGCAGAGAAUGUGGCCCAUGAGCUGACUUUGAAAGGCAUUUCCAGCAUGGCUGUGUCCGCAGACAUUAGCAAACCAGAGGACGUUCAGAAGAUGAUUGAUGACAUUGUUUCAAAAUGGGGCACAAUUCACAUCGCUUGUAACAACGCUGGCAUCAACAAGAACUCGGCUAGUGAGCACACCAGUCUAGAAGAAUGGGACCAAACCUUUAAUGUUAACCUCAGAGGGACUUUCAUGUGUUGCCAGGCGGCCGGUCGUGUCAUGCUGAAGCAAGGAUACGGCAAGAUAAUCAACACAGCUUCCAUGGCCAGUUUAAUAGUACCACAUCCACAGAAGCAACUGUCCUAUAACACAUCCAAAGCCGGGGUGGUAAAACUCACGCAAACCUUGGGAACAGAGUGGAUCGACCGAGGUGUUCGAGUCAACUGCAUCUCCCCUGGUAUUGUUGACACCCCUCUCAUCCAUUCAGAGAGUCUGGAGCCUCUAGUUCAGCGCUGGCUGUCAGAUAUCCCAGCCGGACGACUGGCUCAAGUGACAGACCUCCAAGCUGCAGUGGUAUACUUGGCAUCUGACGCCUCUGACUACAUGACAGGGCAUAACUUAGUCAUAGAGGGUGGUCAGAGUCUGUGGUAGAGAAAGUUUGCCUUCCAGAUUUGGUAAUACACUCUCACCCAGUGUCCCUAAAGGAUACCGAGUUGCUAACUUGAUUUGAAUGAUGCAGUACACUACUGAAGAUAUGUACUGUACAUUUUAAGUAAUCAACGGGUCCACAAACUUUUUUUUUGUGAGUAGUGUCUCAAUUGUAAGCGACUCUACUUGUGCACUUUGUAUGAGGUUUUACAAUAAACACUGCCUUCCACAAA